CACCAGCAAGACAAACAUCACAUCACAUCACAUCACAUGGCGAGAAGUCUUCUUAGCGGCCAUCGAUGUGUCAACAGGGCAAGACUGUGGGAGAUGGCGCGGUGCCGAACGGUGGCCUGUGACAAGGCCUCCCACAGACGCGGCGCCAAACGCCAUCAGUCUAGGUGGACAACAACAGCAAACCGGGAGCGCCGUUGCUCCUGCCGUGCAACCAGGACAGGGCCCGGGUUAGGAGGCCAUGUGGCCAUGGGGGCUUGAUCGGCCAGUUAUAUAUAGUGCCCCCCAUCCGCGUUUAAACAGCGGGCAGGCGAGGGAGAUAACGAGAUGUCGGGGCCGGCGAAGGCAUUGCCACAAAGGGGGCCGACGUCACAGGGAGGCGUGUCAGGGAUGGGGCCCGUUCACUGGCUCACAAUUCAAAUCCCUGCCCGCCGAGGCCGUGUGUCAGUGCAGCUUUGCGCCAUCCGCGCACCAAUGGGAGCCCCGCCACAUGUGCAAAAGCUUGUUGUUGCGCAAGCUGCGGCGCUGCUGCUGCUCCCCACCUGGACGCCGUUGGCCGGGCAGCUCGAGAAUAACACGGGCGAUUGGCGCACGCUAGAGGAAAGCAGGAAUGGCGACACAACCAGUUGGCGAAUCGACGUCGACACGCUCCCUGUCGCCCAAAAGGCGCAGGAGCCGGUUUCCGACGGGCACUGGGUGCCUGGGGUGUUGGCCAAGCGUGGCGGGAUCGGCGAGUGCUUCAGACAGCAGCCCCUGGAGCUCGAUGCCGGGCCCACCACACCACUCGUAUUUGCCCCAACUCGUAAAAAGCCGUCGAGGGCGUCAACACGGGCAACCCCGCAUCACUAUGCAAUAAAACCAGGCGAGCCGGCCAAAAAGGGUGGGGGCAAGGAGCUGUGUCGGGCAAAGAGUGUUGCAACAAGCUGA